AAAAAAUACAUUUCUAAAUCGAGUGUUUUCAAUAAAUUUCGAAAUACAUACGCAACGGCAGAAAUUUAUCACUUUGCUGCAAAGGCUUUUAGGCGCCUAUAAGCAACUGCCCACACGAGUGCACACAUACAAACGAAUCGAGUACGUGCAAACGAUAACUCCAUAUCCGGUGUACCGCGGUAGGUAAAUGACGAAAUCGAUAACCGAAACGAAAAACAACACUGUCUGCUAAUAUUCAACCACAGUAAACAAAGGUACGAAGCACAAAUCGAAAAGAGUUGCUAAAAACAAAACAAGAAAGGAAAGCACAUUAAACACAGCUCCACAGCUUCCAGCUGACAAGUGAAUUAUUUUUUGCAGAUCCUCAAAACAGAUAACUCCAAUUUCCAGCUUCCAUAUUCUCACAAAAUGGCUACAGACAGUGUUAAAUCAUACUUUUUACAAAAAUACGAGGGCUUAUGUAAUUACAUGGAGCGUGACACAAUUGGUACACAAGUCGCUAUUUAUGGAACAUCAGGCAUAAUGCUGCUGAUUGCAUACGUAAAGCGCAAACCGGCAUACUUGGUGCGUCCUUUUAAAAAGCCAUCCCACAUCCCCGAUAAACUGAUAGACGAGCGUGUGAUGCACACUGGGCUGAUACGCGAUAUAAAACUUAAGGACCAAGACACGUUACUGCUCAUAAGUCAUAGGCCGCUUAUACCAAUUUUCGCCAGCCAGGACAAGGUGCUUCCAAUUAAAUUGCCGGGCAUUAAAGUGAAUGGAAAUGGCAUUUCUUGGUUGCAAUCAUGCAUUAUAGGACGUCGCGCCACAUUCGUUCCGCUGGCGAAAAGCAAACGCGAUGAUUUUGUUGUAAGUCAACUUUGUUUGGUACAUCCGCCCAAAGGUGGACGACUGCUCGACAUAUCAGAGACUUUGCUGAAGUUGUGCUUUGCACGCUUCGCUCCCGAUGAGGCAGCAGCAGUGAAACGUAAUGUGAAGUACUAUGAUCAUCUGAAGAAGGUGGAGGCGAGUGCGCUCAAAAAGGAAUCGUGGCUGCGUUGGAUAGCUAAGCAUCCAUCACUUUGGACUAUGCUACGUGAUGCAAAAGCUAAGGUGUUUUCGAAGAAAACAUUGCUGCCAGAACUUGUUCGCUGAAAGCGAGGAGUUUGAUUUUGCAAUAAAAUAAAGUGCACUUACACAUAAGCGACUAGCGUAAAUCGCGAGACGUUGACGAAAAAGCAGCUGUUAUGAUGGAAAAUGGCAAUAUAUUCGUUGUCUUUUAACAUUUGCUGCGCUCAAGUUAAGAAAACCUGGCAUUGAUUAGCGUUAACAAAAUUUCAGUGUUUGUUUUUAUGAGCUUUAAAUGUAUUUUUAUGAUUUUAUUGGUUUAAAAAUUUGAUUUUAAUAUUAAAAUGUAUACUUAAAUUGCUUCUUUCACAACCUGGCGCCACUUUUAUUACAAUAAAUGCUGGUUUGAAACCGGCAAAAUAUUUUAUUCAAA